UCCUUGAACUCUGUUGGCCGACCUAUCCCGGCCCUUCUUCAGCCUCUAUUUCUUCGUAUUCGACCCGGGAUCGACUGCAUCGCCUGCAUCACCUGCUGCACGGAUCGUGUGCCACGUUGGACCGCUCUUGUCCCACCAUUACCGAUUCUCAUUUUUCGCUUUCUAUUUGACCUCCCCAACCUGGGAUCCAGCUGGUCGUCUCUGGUCUUCGUCGUUCCUGUCGCUCCAUCGACUUGUCCGGACUCGUCCUGGCUUUGGCUCUGGCCCGCCCGUCCCUCGUUUAAACCCACAGACAUUCGUUUUACCCGCCGAUAUCCUACGGCGUUCGCAUCGCCAUCUAUAUCCACCUCGAUCCAUUCUGCCGCCCGUUAAGAUGCGCUUUUUGCUCUCUGCUCUAGGUGCGCUGGGCGCCCUGCAUGUUCUCGGCGUGUCGGCAGCCACUGACUGCAUCGGUGCAUGUACCAAUGAACUCAGAGACCAGUUCACCACUUUCAGCUGUACCAGCGCCGAAGAUGGUGCUUGCCUCUGUGUGAACCCUUCUUUCGUGACCGGCAUUCGAGAAUGCUCGACUGGCCGUUGUCAAGCUCUAGACACCGAAACAGACGAGUAUCUUAAUUCCCAAUUUUGCGCGGGCGUUGCGUUGCCAUCGGCUUCUGCUUCCGCAUCUGCCGUGUCUACCGCUGAGGUUGCUUCUUCCACGGCUGCCGCAUCUACUGAAGUGGCGUCAACCACCGAAGUCGUGUCAUCCACCGAAGCUCCUGCUAGCACCGAAGCUCCUGCUAGCACCGAAGCUCCUGCCAGUACGGAAGCUAGCUCGUCUUCCGAGGAAUCACCGUCGACCUCUAGUCUACCUGAAUCGACCCAGGCCUCUGAGACUGCCGAGGCGACUGCUACUGAAUCUGCCUCCAAAACUGCUGCCACUGCGUCCGGUACUACUGAUAUUGCCAAUGCCGGCGCAUCAGCAACCUCUGCUGCGGACAAGAAUAAUUCCGAGAAAGACCAGGAUUCCUCUGACUCUGGACUAUCCUCCUCGGCUAAAAUCGGUAUCAGUGUUGGUGUUGGUGCCGUCGCCGUCGCCCUGAUCGGUGUUGCCAUCUGCUUCCUCCUGAAAUCACGCAGACGCAAGCAGGAGCAGCAACGGCAGCGAGGACCCCCCCUUGCAAUUUCUCAACCUCUCCCCGGCGGCGGAAGGGCAUAUGCCUCAGGCGACCAUGGAUCUAUCCGCGAGAAGGAUACAUAUGACCUGGAGAUGGUUGCCAACCGCUACGAGGAUAUGGUGCCACGGACAACGCCUCGAACUAUGGUAUGAUAACUACAGUGACGGGCAAAAUUUGAAACUAGGAGUUUGGGAGCGGAGAAAACCCACAUGUUGACCGAUUCUGGUCCCAAGGCAUUUUGAUGUUAUACGUUCCCCAUCUUAUGCAACCGGGCUGGCCAUGGUUUUUAAGAAUCAGGAGUUCAUUG